UCCAAACCAUAACACAUGUGAACAAAAAAAUCAACUAUCAACUAAUCAACGUGCAUGUGCAUGCACCUGCACAGGAGUGCCACGGGAUCUGUCUAACCAUUAGCACUGACUUGCUCCUGCAAGACCCACCUCAUGAGCUCCAGUCAGCGCGGGCUCUUUGGCCCACUUAGAAGGUGUAGGUGGAGUCCCAGAGUCAGCAAUGCUGGAAGAGGAAGUACAGUCUGGCGCAACUGAGGGUUCCAUAGAUAACUAGAGAAGGAGAGCUGGCCAGGAGAUCCCAAGCACAGCUUGCCGCUUGGCACAGAAGGGGGCGCUUGGCAGCCACAGCGCAGCGGGACGAUGGAGCUAGGGGCAAAGCUCUGGUGGCAGCAGUGGGACAGUGGACCGGUGAGUGCGGGCUGCAGCCGGCUGGACUCCCUGGUCCGGGCUGCCCUUUGCUUCAAGGCUCCCGGCCAGGCAGCCUCUUGGGGAGGGGCGGGCGCGGGGUCGGGCCUCCAUCGGUCCCAGAGCAGUGAAGUUGCAGCAUCACGCCACGCGCGCUCCAGCGGGGCGGCGGGACGACCCAGCUAGGGGCACAGCUCUGGUGCCUGCAGUGGGACCCUGGACCGGUGAGUGCGGGCUGCAGCCGGCUGGACUCCCUGGUCCGGGCUGCCCUUUGCUUCCAGGCUCCAGGCCAGGCAGCCUCUUGGGGAGGGGCGGGCGCGGGGUCGAGCCCCUAGCGGCCCAGGGUCCAGUGAAGUUGCUGCAUCCUGCCGCCCGCACCAGCCAGGCAGCGGGACUUCGGAGCUAGGGGCACAGCUCAGGUGCCGGCGGUGGGACCCUGGACCGUUUUAAUUUUGGUUGCUGUUACUACUGAUAUCUGAGCCAAAGUGGUGCUAACUGAGGGAAUCUCUGCAACUUGUAAGUCAACAAUUACACGGAUCUACUCAUUUUUCCUUGGGUAAUCAGAAGGUGGAGAAAAGGAUGGGCUGCCAACAAUCUCUGCAAAGCUCAGAAGUGUUAAAAGUCCGAACCAUUUACAUCAAUGACCCCCUUAAGAAUACUUUCUGCACAAAUAGCAUCAGAAACGGUAUAUGGCAGACAAAGUAGUUAACUCAAAGACCACUUCAGUGUUCAGACAGAAUUCAUGGCAUGUGAUUAAGUGAGGUAAAUGUGGGUGACAUUGUGAAGACUUUGAAUGAGGAGUUCCUUCCUGCAGACAUGAUCCUGAUUUCUUCCAGUGAACCUCAGUCAAUGUGUUAUGUUUCAACAGCUAAUUUGGAUGGAGAAACAAAUCUAAAGAUAUGGCAGGCAUCAUUAGAAGUUGCUGGAAUAAUAAAGGAAGGACAAUUGGUAAACCUAGAUGGAAAAAUUGAAUGUGAAGAACCUGAUCGUCAGUUUAAUAACUUUGUUGGAACCUUGUAUUUAAGGGGUAAAAGUCCUAUUUCAGUUGGUCCUGACCAGAUGUUGCUGAGAGGUACACAGCUGAAAAAUACACAGUGGAUCAUUGGUGUAGUCAUUUACACUGGAUUUGAAACCAAAUUGAUGCAGAAUUCCAUCAAAUCACCUCUCAAGAGAUCACAGGUUGAGAAAGUAACCAACAUGCAGAUCCUCAUUUUGUUGCUACUACUCUUUGUGAUAUCUGCAGUGAGCUGUGUGGGAGCCACAAUCUGGAACAAAAUGUACCUGGAAAACAUUUGGUACAUGGGAAUUAGUGGUAUCACCCCCCACAACCAUGUGUUUGAUAUACUGGUAUUCAUUAUCUUGUACCAUAACCUUGUUCCCAUCAGUCUGCUGUUAACUCUGGAAACUGUGAAAUUCAUUCAGGCCCAGUUUAUAAACUGGGAUGAAGAUAUGCAUUAUGAACAAAAUGAUCUUUAUGCCAUGGCCAGAACAUCCAACCUCAAUGAAGAGCUUGGGCAGGUAAAAUAUUUAUUUUCUGAUAAAACAGGAACCCUCACUUGCAAUACAAUGGCAUUUAAGAAGUGUACCAUUGCAGGCAUAAUUUAUGGAAAUCAUUCAGACAAUACUGACGAUGGUAACGAAAACCUCAGUCGAGCAUCUUUCUGUGAAUUUAAUGACCCUAAAUUAUUGGAGAACUUUGAGGAUGGUCAUCCCUCAUCAGAAUACAUUAAGGAAUUCCUGACCCUCUUAUGUAUGUGCCAUACAGUUAUUCCUGAGAGAUGUGGAAAUGAUAUACUCUACCAGGCUUCCUCCCCAGGUAGGUGUCAUGUGCAAAGAAAGUGUGCACCUCAUUGUGCCUAGUGGGUAAUGAGGCUUCAGGAGAAGUUGCUGCUGCUGCUGCUGAUAUCCAUUAUUCCUACCUCUUUCUUUCCCUGAGAUUCUCACUAGUGGGGAUACACAGAGCAGAGCAGCUCAGAGCCAUUCUACAACCCUGGGGCUCCUUGUCUCUCAUUUCAAAGAUUGUUGUAAAGAGGCCAAGAUGGGCUCUUGGGCCUGGAGAGCUGAGCAGUGUUUUGGUCACAACCAGGAAUAAAACAGAGGUGAAUUUAAGGCCCUGCAAUAUUUUAUGAG